AUGAGUGGAGGAGGAGAUGACAAUGAAUUUGAUCUUAAAUCAUUUGCGGCGGCUGUCACCCAACAACUCCAAGCUUUAAACACGAGAAUGGAUAGCUUUCAACAAUCGAGCCGAACUAACAGUCGAAGACAUCCAAGUUCAGAGGAAGAUGAGUAUUCCGAUAGAAGAAGUAAUGAAAGGAGGCAAAGAGCUGAAUCAAGAAGAGAUAGUCAUGUGGGAAGCGUUAAGAUGACGAUUCCUUCAUUCAAAGGUAAGAAUGAUCCUGAACUAUAUUUAGAGUGGGAGAGAAAGAUUGAACAUGUGUUUGAUUGUCACAAUUAUUCUGAAGAGAAAAAAAUUAAACUAGCCGUUGUUGAAUUCACUGAUUAUGCUAGUAUUUGGUGGGAUCAACUUGUUACUAGUAGGAGGAGAAAUGGGGAGAGGCAAAUCAAUACAUGGAAUGAGAUGAAAAUUGUCAUGAGGAAAAGAUUUGUACCUAGUCACUAUUAUAGAGAUUUGUAUAGAAAAUUGCAAACUUUAACACAAGGGUCCAUGAGUGUUGAGGAUUAUUACAAGGAGAUGGAAAUAGCCAUGAUUAAAGCCAAUAUUGAAGAAGAUCGUGAGGCAACUAUGGCUAGAUUCAUUGCAGGAUUAAAUAAAGAAAUAGCUGAUGUGGUAGAAUUACAAUACUAUGUGGAGAUGGAAGAUUUAUUGCACAAAGCUAUUCAAGUGGAAAGACAAUUGAGAGCUAAGAAUACUUCUAAGUUUUCUUCUAGUUCUUCAUGGAAAUCAAAUUUGCAAAACAACAAAUUCUUCUUAGAGUCAAAAGAAGAUGCAAGGGACAAAAACUCAUCUGCUCCACUUAAAGGUAAAUUGGAAACAAGCUCAUCGUCUAGGUCUCGAGAUAUGAAUUGUUACAGGUGUAAAGGAAUUGGUCAUUAUGCUGUUGAUUGUCCAAACAAAAGAGCUAUGACAUUGUUGGAUAAUGGAGACAUAAAGAGUGAGGGCUCUAAUGAUGAUGGAGUGCCUUCCUUAGAGGAUUGUAGUGAUGUUGAUGUUGCUGAACCUGUGAGUGGAGAAGUCCUUGUCACUAGGAGAGCUCUUAAUAUGCAGCCUAAGAUAGGAGGUGAUGAAGAGCAGCGUGAGCAUAUUUUCCAUACGAGAUGCCACAUAAAUGACAAGGUAUGUAGUUUAAUCAUUGACGGUGGAAGUUGUACUAAUGUAGCAAGCACUUUAUUGGUUGAGAAAUUGAGUUUGCCCACUUUGAAACAUUCUAAUCCAUAUAGACUUCGGUGGUUGAAUGAUUGUGGAGACAUAAAUGUGACUAAGCAAGUGAUGAUUUCUUUUUCCAUUGGUAAAUACAAGGAUGAAGUUCUUUGUGAUGUAGCACCAAUGCAUGCUGGACAUUUACUUCUUGGGCGUCCGUGGCAAUUUGAUAGAAAAGUUAAGCAUGAUGGAUACAAAAAUAGAUAUACCCUUGUUUUGAACAAUCACAACAUUGUUUUAACACCACUUCAACCUGCUGAGGCCUAUGCUGAUCAAAUCAGAAUUUCAAGAGAGUGUUCGGAUUUGAGGACAAAUCCUCUUGAAGAGGGAGAGAAUGAUACGAUUAUGAGAACUGGGGAAUAUAAUCUAAUUUGA